GUUUGCAGCGACUAGAUCAACUAGUGUAAAGUUGAUUAGCGUUUUACAAAGAGCCAUGUCGAUCUAUAAAGCUCAGGAGUUAUUGGACUUCUUAUUUCAGUUUAGCAGGCACAUUUCAUGCUCAGACCUAAGUGUAUUUUAUGUUUUUUCUUCUCAAUUCAAGACAGGGAGUGUAGUUUCUGUUCCUUUUUGUGGAUUGGUAUUAUGGAUCCUUCUUUUCUUUUCCAUUUUUUUUUUUCUUUGAAAACAAUUAUUAAAUGGUAAAUUUGUUUUCAUAUUGUGCUGCACUCCUGCCUGUAUCUGUUGCAACUUUCUUUCAGGUUUUUGUUUAGUUUUAUCAAUUUAUGGUUGGGUGAGAAGUGCAUGUCAGAUCCCACAAUAGCAAUUUUCGGUUACAUCAGCUUCUAUUGAAUUUAGUUAACUAAAUCCUGUCAGCUAUUUGUUUAUACUUUGUAAUUUUGCAGGAUUCUUUCAUGGAUGCAGUGUUUUUUUUUGGGGGUGGAGAAGGAAGAUGAUUCAACAUAUGCCUUAAGAUUCUAACCAGGUGCAGACAGCAUGUGGGCUAGGGAACACAAUGUAAAGGAACAGUUUAUGGUUGAUGUAUUGACAAGAUCUUCAAUUCCUCAGAAAUGUGCAAUGUAAAGUUGAAUUCUACUUUAUAAUAAACUCAAGAUUUUGAAGCUGGUCAGUCUCUUACAAGGAGCGUGUGACCCCUAGAAUCCAGGGUGUGUUAAACUCGUGAAUGGACUGGUGGUAAUGCUGAGAGGAUUUUGCUUCCAGCAGCUGCUUGCAAUCAUUGGAAAUUAAUGAGGAGUAUGUGAGAAGUAUUGUUUUCCUUGCCUUGUGAACAAGAUGGUCAACGUGCUUGGGGUCUGCAGAUUUCUGAAGAGCUUUGUAUGCCAGACUACUUGGGCAUAAUUCAUCUUUUUGGAACAGUUGGGAGAUACAACAUUCCCUGGAAUUGUUUCCAAUUGAAUUUCAUUGCUUUCUUUUGUGUGUUUCUUGAUACUAUAUUGACAUCUACCAGGUACUUCCAGAUCCUGUACUUCAUGAUUGUUGAUAGGUUCACAUUUACCUUGCGCUUCCUUUGAGUUUGUAAGGCAGCUGACAUUUGCAUAAUAGAAAUAUUGCAUACAGGUGUGAAUCUUGAGAGGGUUUGGUGUGUUCAUGAAUUAAUUUAAAGUGCUCCAAUGGGAAGACCUUUCUGACCUCUACUCUUGAGGCCAGAAUUCAACCGGAAAAAGAGGCAGCCAUGGUAACAAGAUAUCGUCCAAAUGUCACAAAUAAUCGUGCUGCAAGUAACAUAAAUGGCAAUCAUUUGUGAGAUUACAUAUUGACGAAGUACAAUGCGUGUGACAAUUGGAAACUGAUUUUCUUCUCCUUAUUUCUCUUUACCAUUCAACUUUUUCUAUUGUUUUCUAUAGAACGGUUGUAUAAAUAGUUCUGUAACUUCUGUUUUUUCUCACCUUUUUAAUACAUAAAUUAGUGUGCU